AUGCAGAACAUCCUCAAUGACUCAGUGGAGAGCUCCGAUGAUGAAUUCUUUGACGCACGAGAAGAGAUGGUGGAAGGAAAAAGUGCCAUUCUCAUAGGCAUGAACCAGUGGAACUCAAAUGACCUUGUUGAGCAGAUAGAAACAAUCGGGAAGCUGGAAGAAAAUCAAGGUGAGGAGUCUGCAUUUUGCUCAUCUGACUUUCUACAGGAAAAACAACGUGAAUUAUAUAGAGCUUCUUUAAGAAAGCAAAGAUUCCCUGCACAAGGCAGUAUUGAAAUGCACGAGGACAAUGAGGAGGGAGCUCAACACCAGAACUGCAAAACUCAUGUGCUGAUUUUGAUCCUGCAUGGGGGGAACAUCUUAGACACUGGAGGAGGAGACCAGAAUAGCAAGCUGGCAGACAUCACCACCUUCAGUUCUGUGUUUGAGAAGGUGACUCAAGCCCAUUUCCCUGCUGCUUUGGGCCAUAUCUUGAUCAGGCUCGUUCCCUGUCCAGCGAUCUGUUCCACGGCCUUCUCUCUUGUUUCCAACCUAAAUCCCUACAGUUAUGAUGAGAGCUGUCUCAGCAGUAGUGAAGACCACAUCCCACUAGCUGCCUUGCCCUUGCUGGCCAUUUCGUCCCCUCAGUACCAAGAUGCAGUUGCCAUGGUGAUUAGCAGAGCCAACCAAGUUUAUAAUGAAUUUCUCAAAUCUGCAGAUGGGGCUGGUUUUAAUGGACAGGUGUGUCUCAUUGGUGACUGCAUAGGAGGAAUUUUGGGGUUUGAUGCCAUCUGCUAUAAUGCUAAUACGGCUGAUGAGAGUCAGAACAGCAGCAGGAGAGGAAGCAUCAGCAGCAUCCAGGAUAAUCCCCUCUUAGCAGAGGACUCAAGCCUGGGUGGCAGCAAACACCUCAGCAAAAGCAAUAUUGACAUCUCGGGAAUCAUGGAGGAUGAGGAGCCAAGGCAGCUGAUACCACGGAAACAAAGUGACUCACCCACCUAUGGCUGUGAUACUAUAACCCAACAUCAUGCUUUCCUUUCUAGCAUCCACUCAAGUGUGUUGAAAGAUGAUGCAGACUUUCCUCCUGUGAAUAGCUCCAGUCUCUCAGAAGUAAACCUCGGCCGAUUUGAAUUUGAAGUAUCUGAUUUCUUCCUUUUUGGAUCGCCGCUUGGUUUGGUGCUUGCAAUGAGGAGUACUGUUCUGCCUGGCCUGGAUGUAUGCCAGGUCCGCCCAGCCUGCAGCCAGGUGUACAGUUUCUUUCACUCCGCUGAUCCUUCUGCCUGCAGACUUGAACCAUUGCUGGAGAAAAGAUUCCAUCUCCUGCCUCCAUUCAGUGUUCCACGGUACCAGAGAUACCCCCUGGGGGAUGGAAAAUCUCAUCAGUUAGGUGAUGCUAUCCACAACCACAGUGCUCUGUUCCUUGAGAACAGCUCUUUGAACCUACCUUUCCCUCAGGAGAGCCCCGAAUCUCCAGAUGCACCCAGUCAACUGCAAGGAAAAUCAAGGAGGUCAAGCUUGGUCAGCACCAACAGUGAAAUCUCAGGGUCGACAGAGAGUUUGCCAUCAGCAUACCUCACCAACAUUACUGCCAAGUGGUGGGGAACAAAACGAAUAGAUUAUGCCUUGUACUGUCCAGAUGUACUGACAGCAUUUCCAACUGUAGCCCUGCCACAUCUUUUCCAUGCCAGCUACUGGGAAUCAACAGACGUUGUGGCAUUCAUUUUGAGACAGGUGAUGAGGUAUGAAAAUGUGAAUUUCAAGGAAAAUGACAGCCUGGAUCUAGCAACACUAAGCCCAUCCAAUCCACGAGAAAAAUGGCUGCGCAAAAGGACACAUGUCAAGUUGAGAAAUGUGACUGCCAAUCACCGAGCUAACGACGUCAUUGCAGCAGAAGAUGGUCCUCAGGUACUGGUUGGACGCUUUAUGUAUGGGCCUCUGGACAUGGUAGCUUUAACAGGUGAAAAGGUUGACAUCUUCAUAAUGACAGAGCCGUCUUCGGAUAGGUGGGUGUAUUUUGACACAGAGAUAUCCAACAGCAGCGGCCGAAUAUCAUACAACAUACCUAAACAGAAGAGGCUCAGAGUUGGUGUGUAUCCUAUCAAAAUGGUGGUCAGAGGAGACCAGAGCAGUGCCACGAGUUACCUGACCGUGCUUCCCCGAGGAAUGGAAUGUGUGGUGUUCAGCAUUGAUGGUUCGUUUGCAGCAAGUGUUUCUAUCAUGGGAAGAGACCCCAAAGUCCGAGCUGGGGCGGUUGAUGUUGUCAGGCAUUGGCAGGAUCUGGGAUAUCUGAUUAUCUAUAUCACUGGCCGUCCAGAUAUGCAAAAGCAGCGUGUGGUUUCCUGGUUGUCUCAACAUAACUUUCCACAAGGAAUGAUCUUCUUCUCAGAUGGGCUUGUUCAUGACCCGCUGCGACAAAAGACUAUUUUUCUCCGGCAUCUUAUGCAAGAGUGCCACAUCAAAAUCUGUGCUGCGUAUGGUUCCAUGAAAGAUAUUUCAGUGUACAAUGUCUUGGCUCUAUCGCCAUCCCAAAUCUACAUUGUUGGACGGUCAACAAAGAAAUACCAGACACAGUGUCAAUUCCUCAGUGAAGGUUAUGCAGCCCACUUGGCCUCACUGGAAUUCAGUCUCCAUUCACGACCCAAAAAGAACAACUCUCGUAUGAUCUUGAGAAAAGGCAGCUUUGGCCUCCACUCUCAACCUGAGUUUUUGCGCAAAAGAAACCAUCUCCGUAGAACUAUGUCAGUACAGCAGCCUGACCCACCUUCUUCCAACCCCAAACCAGAGCGUGCACAGAGCCAGCCUGAAUCAGACAAAGAUCAUGAGAGGCAUUUGCCCUCCAUUGCAUGGGUUCGAGGUGGAAUUCACAAAUUUGAAUCUGUCCCCUAG